AUGACGGAAGUAUCACAGACUACCCCACACUCUACCACAUGGGCGAAGGAAAUAUCUAUUUCAGGCUGGCAAAACGUUGUAAACAACACCAUAUUCCGUAUUCAAGCAAAAAUUCAAGGUUUUAACAAUAUUAGUUGUUCUACACCUUCUUUCAGCGGUCAAAUUUGCUAUCCUCCAAUUCCUGAAAAUGCUUCACCUCCUCCACCUACACCACCUCCGAAGCCUAGAUGUGAUGAAGCUUGUGGUUUAAUUAUUGCAGGUGCUUUAGGAUGUGUUUCAACUAUCAUAGCUGCAAUAUUAGGAUUUUAUAAAGGAUCCCAUGAUAAACCUUAA